AUGGCGGCCAUUGCCUUCCCAAAACACGCUAAAGUGCUGAGCUUGUCCACUGGCCACACAUACAGUUAUGUUUACCUUCCUUCCAGGAGCCCUCUGGGGGCCAGUAUUCUCUUUCUUCAUGGAUUUCCAUCUUCUUGCUAUGACUGGCGCCACCAAAUAGCCUUUUUCGCAUCCUAUGGCUACGGAGUCCUUGCGCCGGACCUUCUUGGUUAUGGCGGAACGAGCAAGCCCGCGUCUCCUGAGGAGUACAAGACCAAGAAGAUGGCAGCGGAGAUUGCGGAAAUCCUAGACCAUGAGAAGAUCCAGCGGGUACAUGCCGUCGCUCACGAUACUGGUAGCAUUUUACUCUCUCGAUAUGCGAAUUACCACCCCGAACGACUUUUGUCAUGCACGUUCUUAGCAGUGCCAUAUUCCAAACCUGGAGAGACUUUUGAUCUCGAGGCCAUCAAUGCAAUGACCAAGCAGCUGGCAGGAAAGGAGAAAUUUGGAUACCUUGAAUUCUUCAUCGGAGAUGAUGCAGGAGACCUUCUCGAUCAACGUAUUGAUUCAUUCUUCACCCUUUUCUAUCCCGCAAGUCCAAGUCUUUGGACCGACCAUCUUGGUCCGACUAGUGCCAUAGAAUCCUGGCUCUCAGCAAAUCAACAAGGUGAAAUGGCGCCCUAUAUUACAGAAGAAGAGCGUGAUAUUCAUCAAAAGAUCAUGCAAGGAUGUCACGGCCCGGCUUUGAACUGGUAUCAUGUACUGGUGAAGAAUAUGAACCGACAGGACGAGAUCGAAGCGCAACUUUCGGUCAAAAUACAGAGUCCAGUUCUUAUGGUCUUUCCAGCGCAAGUUGCGGGUCAUUCUUCACCAGCUGCAAUGCAAUUGAAUGAUAUAGCUGAUGACUUGACCCUCAAGGAAGUUAGCACUUCCGGGCACUGGCUCCAGCUGGAAGCGAGAGGCGAGGUGAAUUUAAUUUUGAAGGAAUUCUUCGAGCGAUUCGACUUACCUGUUGAUUGUUGA